CUGCAGAUUGUUUGGUUGAUUGACGAUUUGAAUAACGAAAGGUGUCACGCAGUGAAGAGAAACACUUGGGCUGACUGUACCCUGAAGGGUUUGGGUUAUGAACAUGGUUGAGUGGUCGGUCGCACCUUGUGGUUCCAGUAACCUUUUUUUGACUUCACCCUCAUCAAUAGAGAGGCAUCGAAAAUCGGAUUAUGAGUUCCAAAUUAAACCAAACAUGUCGCAGCUGAGUUCAAUCCGAUAUGUAGCGGCAACUAAAAAAUCGCCGCUAGCAACCCUCCUGUUAAAAUGUCACGUAAAACCCGGAGCCAGCAAGUCGCGCGAGGGAGUGGCUGCCGUAACUGACGAUGCCGUCGAGCUAUGUGUGUCUGCACAGGCACGUGAAGGAGAGGCAAACAAGGCUGUGGUCAUAGUUUUGAGCAAGGCUCUUGGACUUGCCAAGUCGGACCUGACAAUAACUCACGGCCUAAAAUCCCGCGACAAGAUUGUGCUUAUCAACGGCAAACUGGCUCAGGGACCAGAGGCGGACGUUAUCUCACGAGCACAAAAGCUGCUAAGAAAAGCCUCACAGGUGUAAAGGUUGAGACUUUAAUGGCUCGUCACAAGCGCACUCAAACAUGCGUUCAACUAGAAGGAAAACUAGGGUUGUUGAUGAAAGCCUUAAAUAUAGUAUUCCAGCCUAGUCAGAGAUUGAACUUGGUUCCACACUCCUUUGCGUCGCUAAAGGUUAUUUGGGCUCGAUUCUACUCAUGCCUACUUCGUACCUACGUUAAGUGCUAAGUGAGCUAAACCAACAAGCAGUGCC